CUUCGGAGGUAGAGCAGAAGAAACAUCUGGGGUCUCCAGAACCGAUGAGAAGCUGCCGACCAGCUGCACUGCACUUUCUGCUCCUCACUCUUCUGGACCUCUGAGUAGUCAGAGCCGUUCAGACUCCAGCUCACACACGCACACCCCUUCCUGUGUGAACCUCCUUCUCUUGCUCCUGUAGCGCUGGUAGUGCACUCCCGUCACAGCAUGCAGCUCCUGGUGGUGUUAGCAGCUCUCAUGGGGGUUCUGUUCAGCGUUAGAGCAGCUGCCGUGCUUCCUGUGGACGACAGAAGCUCCAUCCAUGUGAACAGGGAGCUGAGCAAAGAGCGCAAGGAGCUGAUCCUGAAGCUGGUGUCCGGCUUGCUGGACGGAUCUCUGGACACCAACAUGCUGCCCGGAGAAGCGGCACCUGUGGACUUCGAGGAGCCAUUAGAGUCUCGCCUGGAGGAGAGGGCUGUCUACAACAGGUUAUCGCUGCCUCAGCGUGACCGAAAAGCCCCUUGCAAAAACUUCUUCUGGAAAACGUUCACCUCGUGCUAACAGCACCGCGGCGUGCCACGCUCUGCCCACAUCUCGUCCUCCUCUCAGUCCCAGCUCCUCAUGAACUGUAGUAGACCUCGGCUGUGCCAACCAUCUCCACCUGUGCAGCAUCUUAUGGACUUUAAUGAGACAACGUGUCUGUUUGAAUAUUAACUAUUUAUCUAUACAAUGUAUGUAUUUAUGUACCAGUGCCGCUCACGUUCAGGGUCCACAAUAAAGCAUGGAUAUAAUGUUUAAGAUUGUAAGCAGAGUUGAUUGCUUUUGCAAAUUGUCCAGAAAAAUCUGUUCAUAAUUUCAGCAAAAUUCUGUGAUAUAAAUGCAAAAACUAAAAUGA